AAAGCAGGCAGGUUGGGGACGACCGAGUGAGGGGAACUACUUGUUGAACAACGUCCACAUCUCCAACAAGAUCAUCAUGAUGGCCUGGAUUCCAGAUUUGUCUAAAAGUAGGUAGCUUUCACACAAACAACACACACAUUCCAGGGUACUCUGUACUUUCUACAUACACCGAGUGAUAAUAGCGUACUUUUCCAUUGGCUACUACUUGCUCAUCAUCUGUGAUUUUUUAAAGAAGUUCAACUCAGAUUAUAUAAAUUUGUCAAUUUGUCAUACACGGCGGAACAAGCGGAAUGAGCUUGCCAACGGAAAAUAGCAUCUAUUACAAUACUCGAGCUGAGAUUUUCAUGGUGUUGAAGGAUGUCAACACGUCAUACACGUUGACCCCGAGUACCGGUGAGCUAAAAAGUAGUGCAAACAUCAAGAGCCAACAAGUCACCGUUUUUUGGAGACCUCCUGGGGCAUUACAAUGGUUAGAAAAAUACAAAACGGAAAUUUUACCAGGAAAGUCAAAUUUGCAAUUUCUUGCUUCACUGCUAUUUGACUUUGAUGAGAAAGAUGCUACGUCAAUAUCCUUAAAAUUCGAAAUGAGACACCUCAUCACUUCAAAAAAGGGUCCCAUCCCAGAAACGAUGGACGUGAAACGUGACGAAAUGUCACUUUGGAGUACUGCGCACACAACGUUGGAUAAAAUUUUAGUUUCUGGUAGCAAAGGAUUGGAGUUAUAUCUGUCCUUGGAUUUUGGAGUUUCAGGCACUAAGUAUUUGACGAAACAGCCAAGGAAACUUUUUCCAGGAAACUUGUUGAUUCGGGGAGAAAUUUUGCAUCCGUCGCCUUAUGGGGUUCUACUUCAAUUUGGAUUGCAGUCCGAAAAAUCCACCGCAGAUUAUUUUGUCGAAUUACAUAAACUUAACCAGGAUAACGCUUUCGAACUUUCUCACCCUUACACUUUGGUAUACCGAAGCGAGCUUGAUGAAGUAUUGGCCAAUUUUCUUGUUUCGGAUGGGAAACGAGUAUAUUUUAAUGAAUCGAGAUUAUCCAACGGCGACCCGGAUCGAGUCCUAAAAAUUGAUAUUUUCAAAAAGGAGUCAUUCGACAGGAAAGGUUUUGCAUUGACUACUUUGGGUACUUUGCUAAAAGAUCAAUAUCAGGAGCUGAUUGUUGAUCGAGUUGAUUCUUUCUACCCUUACAAAAAGCAGAAAGAAAUCAAAGUCAUUCUUAAGCUUUGUUCCAAAAUUCCAAAUCAUCCCAUUGAGUACUACUUCAACCAUGGAUGGAAAAUAGUCCCCGUUUUUGCCAUUGAUUAUUCCCGUUCAAACUGGAAUGAGACACUGCAUAAACGAAUUCUUCACGAUUCCAAAACUGGUAGAGCACCUUAUGAAGAAGCACUAGAAUUUUGCUCUGAAGCCCUGAGCGCAGUGGCCUAUGGUCACGCCGUCUUUUACGGUUUUGGAUGUCCCUCAAACGCUUACAUGAAUGCAUAUCGGCCUGGGCACCAAUUUAUCGCAUCUGCGUUGAAGAACUAUCAUGACGGUCUUUGUCUCAGUUUGAUGUCUGCCCUCAGCCUUUCUCAUCACCAGCAAGGUCGCACUGGGGUUGGCGGAGGGGCGAGCUCUCAAAGUUCGUCCACGUCAUCCACGUCAGCCUCCAGCGCCAUCGUCCUGUACACUGGAAGUCUUUUGUCCCCGUUGCUCAGUGACCUGGUAACAUUAAUUUCAGCAAGGAAAUGCGCUUUUGAAUACUACACCGUCGUCAUUCUUACCGAUGGACAGUUCACGGAUUGCACAACAUAUAUGACGUUGCUGAAAGAAUUGUCGAUACUUCCGGUGUCUCUCAUUUUCAUCGGGAUUGGUCUUGGAGACUUGAGAUUACUUCUACAACUAGAUCAAGCUUGGUCACUGUCUUUCAAUGGGAUUUACUUGAGUAGGAAAUUUGUGCAUUUGAUGCAUUUUAGAUCUAGGAGUCAUUGGGAGGCUGCACUCACUCAUGAACAGUAUCGAACUGAUCCAAAGCAGAUUUUUACCAGAGAAUUAUUAACUACCGUCCAAGAACACGCCCUCGAUUAUUUUAAGAGAUGUUCCGAGUAUAAAAAGUAAUUUAAUGGUUGUGAGUGUAUGCUUAAAAGUAAGUCUUAAUACUUAACCAACACAUUGUUGUAAUUGAUUGUCUGUGUGUAUGCUGGAAUUUAUUUACUAAAAAAUUACAGCUAAAAACAAACUGCGUAUAUUAGACUAUGUCAUAUGUAUUUAUGUAUGUAGAACAUAUUUUACAAGAAAUACAUUUAAUGAAGGUUUCCUUGAUUUACAAUAAACACGAUCUUUAUAUAUUCCUCUA